AUGGCUCCCACUCGCGUUCGUCAGAUUGGAUGCAGGAACGAAAUGGGCCAUCUUGCUGAGGGAGUUGACCAUCACAAGAAUCGAGUCGUGUCGUGUCGUUGGAACGCGAAAAGUGGGAUACUUCGAGAGACUCCUACAAUGUCGGUCAACAAGUUGCCGAGCGGGACACCAGCCCAUCAUCGCCACGCGACUCCGGAACCCACCGUGGCAGAGCGGCCGCAUGGGCAUAAGGAGGCGCCCCCGCAGGAGACACCUCUGCCCAACGUUGCGCCAGGGGACAGUCCCAUCGUCACCUGGAACCAAUUCCAGUCUGCAGAAACUAUCGACCUAAGUGACUGGGCAACAGUACGGCGCAGGCUUUUGGAGCGGUUUGACAGAACAAUGUCACAGAGUCAAUUGUUAACGGAGUUGACAAAGGUACUGUGGAAUGGCGACCCGAAGGAAUACACCGACCAGUUUGCGGCGGUGGCAGAACGGGGGUUGGGUCUAGCCCCCGACGAAAUCGCGGACUACUAUUGUGCCGGGCUACCGACAGACCUCCAUCUCCUAAUCAUCAAUAACGGACACGUGAAAGACCAGUCGUGGAAACAAGCGGCAACCUCCGCAACGCGGAUCAACGAGCCCAAGCAGAGUGUGCUGGAACUCCGAGAAAGGAUCAACCGAGCCAUUAGGGCGGCCGCCCAAGCUAAGGCACUUAGUGGGCGCCAGGAAAUUGAAAAUUGUUCUGGUGGAACCCACGCUAACUGCUUUGAGUGUCAGGGUCGCGGACAUCCGGCACGUGCCUGCCCUAGCAAAGGGGAACGUACCAGACGUCCGGGGGAAAUCUGCAAGAAGUGCGGCGGUGUCGGACACUAUGCUCGGGACUGUCCUACGUAUGAAGGAAGUCGGCCGGAGCAGGUGGACAAGGGCAGUAGAGCUCCCACCCGUCCUAGCACUGGGAAGAUGGAACGAUCAAACGUGCGGGCCUAG